AUGAUGAAUCUCUUCAAACCUUUAUUAUACGUCACGCUACUUUUGAGUAGUGUAUCAUCAGCUCAAGUUAUUGACGAUUCUUUAGCUAAAUGUGUUAAUGACAAAACAUGUCACGUCUCUUAUUAUUAUACCAAAGAUAUCAUCAAUAUUGGUAAAAAUGCAGGAUCUGGGGAAAAACCUACGUUAGAUCAACAAUAUUACAUAAACGGACUUCAUCAGUUAAUUGAGAGGACAGACAGCAUUCAAGAAAUUCAAGAAGAGCUUCUAGAAGAGCUUCAGAAAGAGUUUCAAGAAACUGAAGAAGGUGUUGUGCAGAAAAAGAAUAACGGUUGGGCUAAGACUAUCAACACAAUACAUGAAGUAAUGAAAUUCAUUGAAUGGGCGAACGGUCUAUUAAAUGAAUUUGGAUAUGGAUUUUAA